AUGUCAAAUCCACUAUCCCCCCUCUCCUCCUCUUACCAGAAUGUGCGAGCCCGCUCACCAAUGGCCGGCUCGUCGCCCUUCCUCACAAAAACCCUCGACGCUCCGUCCAACACGGAAUCUGCUCUGCCCUCGAGUCCAUUGAAGCAGGCGUGGACCGACCGAGAGACAGAUACGGAUGCGCGCAGCCCGAGUCCCUACAAAAACCACGAAAACGAAAACGAGAAUUAUUUCCCCAACGACCACUGCCGAGAUACCCACGAUAAUGACGAAUACGACGACCAAGACCAAGAAGAACUUGCUAGCUCGCCGUUCCGCUACGAUACCCGCGAUGAUACAGUUGACUUUCAAAACAUGCGCGAAUAUACGGGUCCACAACGACCAUUCCCCGGCGCGAGUGCUCGUCACCAAUUUCCAAUCGAGGAGGAAGAUGAGCCGCCGAGUUCGCCUUUCCGAGCCGAUGCCCGUGACGAGAAUGAGGAGGAAGCUAUCGAUGAACAAAUCGAUUCCUACGGCUUGCGCGAAGUACAGCCUAUGUCACCGGGUUUGGAUAAACGGCUUGCAUUCGAAGACCCGGCUAGCUCUCCGUUCCGCGCAGACGUGAGAGAUGAGACGGUGGAUUUUGACCGGCUGCGCGAGAUGCAGGGUCCAGCUUCGCCUGGGUUUGAUGAGCAGGAUGAGCAAAGCGUCAGCUCGCCGUUCAGACCUGAGGUCCAGGAGGAGACUGUUGAUUUUGAGAAGGCGCGGCGCGAGUCACUUGGGAAGAGGCAGUCCGUUGGCAAGAUGGUGCAGGCUGCUCCUGUUGAGAUUGGUAGCUCGCCUUACCGCCCGGAGGCGAAGGAUGAUACUGUUAGCUCGCACGUGUCUCGUGGAUUGCAGCGGGAGUCUAUUGGAGGACAGCCCACUCAGUCUCCUGGUGGACCGCGUUCGCCGUUCCGUCAUGACAGAGAUGAUACUGUUGGUUCGCGGAAGUCGCUUAUUAUGCAGCGAGAGUCGUUCGGGAAAAGGAUGUCGGUUGGGAGGGCCACGCAAAAUGCGCCUGUCGACGCGGGUGGCUCACCUCUCCGUCGGGCUUCGGAUGCGAAGGACGACACAGUCAGUUCUCAUGCGUCGCGUGCAUUGCAGCGCGAGUCUUUCGGGAAAAGCUCUCAGUCCCCUAUUGGCUCUCGUAACUCUUCAUUCCGACAUGACGAAAAGGACGAUACGAUUAGUUCUCAAAAGCUUCGCUCGGCACCUCGAGUCUCUCUCGGCGUUGACGACCACCGCUCAUCUACCACAGCUAGGAAGCGCUCGUUCGAUCAGACGCCGCAGGACCACGAGGCUGACUCUCAGAACAAUGAGCGAUGCAAGAAAGGCAUGACGAGCCGAGUUGAGGCACCGGAGAUCCAUAUCGAUCUCGAGGAAGGAGAGUCCAGCGUUAUUCACAAUCAAAGCUUCGUUUCCGCAGGAAGCGCCACGUAUGAUCGGUCGACUAUUGCCAACAGCAUGAUGGAAGAUAAGCGCAACGAGGGCAUGAGCACUGUUUUGCACGAUGACGAAGAGACCGGCAAAGAGAACCAACGCCUCGAGCGCCCUGAUGAACAUUCCAUUUUGGGUGAAGAUGACCAUGACCCCAUGGAUGACACUGGUCUGAGCAACUUCUCCGUUCUGCCGGAUAUGACCUCUUUCGCAAACCUGCGUGCCCAGUCGCCUCUGAAAUCUAUGCGCGGCAGUAUCGGACCUAGUCCAGGCCCUUCGGCAGAUGUGUAUCGCCGCAGCCUUGCCCCUUCUACCCCAGGAACAGCACGCAGAUCUUACAGAGCUAGCGCAAUGUUCGAUACAGGCUCACAAGUGGGAUCGCCUACGCCCAGGCGCAGGGGAUCCCGGGAUGUUGGCAAUCCCCGGGAGUCAUCCAAUCUUCUUGAUUUCACGGAUCAGAUGAAUUUCCUCCCGCGCCAGUCAAUGCAAAGCUCUCGCUAUUCCCCAGCCCGGCGGUCUCCCAUGCGCCCUAUGCGUCAAUCUAUGCGAUCGCCCUCAAAGAUGUCGUCUCUGCUGGACUUUGAUAUCCCGCCGGCCCCGACUCCUCGAUCGCUCCCUUCUAUCACGCCGCGAGAGCUUGAGUCGUUGAAGUCGAGCUUCAUGUCGGAGAUAUCUUCUCUCAAGGCUACUCUUAGUGGCAAAGAAGCAGAGGUCGCCAGUUUGAAGCAGGCUGUUUCUGACGCCGAGCGUCGUGUGGGUGAAGCCUUGGAAGAGGCUCGUCAUGAAGCUGCCCGGAAAGAUGAGCUUGAGAUGGAACAGGCUGAAUGGGACCGUCGAGGCAAGGAGAUGGAGACUGUCCUCACAUCGGUCCGAGAUGAGCUGGAAGACGGCGAACGUGAGAGAGAGCGUCUCACACGAAAGGUUGAUGAGGGGGAGAAAGCCAAAGAGCAGCUUGAAGGCCGAAUCGUCGAGCUCGAGACCCAGCUUUCUUCCGCACGAUCGGCUUCGGCAUCCGCGUCUCAAUCUAGCUCCAAUGCUGGAUCCCGCCAGGCCUCUCAAUCCGCCGAGACCACUGCACGUGAAGUGCAAGAAGCCGUUGAAAAAGUUGCUCGUGAACUACACACUCUAUACAAGAGCAAGCACGAAACCAAGGUCGCCGCUCUGAAAAAGAGCUACGAGGCUCGUUGGGAGAAGCGCCUGCGCGAGGUGGAGCGUAAACUCGCCGCCGCUACCCAGGAUAACGACCGUCUCAGAGAUGAACGUGAUGCCGCGCAAUCUGAGUCCAUGGCCGCUGCCAACGCUAGUAUGAUUGCCCGCGAGAACGACGAGCACGAGGCUGAGAAACGCGUCUUCGAAGCCCAGGUCAAGGGUCUGCAGCAUGAAAUGGCCGCUCUGAAGGAAGACAGCGAACGUCUCCGCUCGGAACUCAAAUCUGAACGCGCUGAGAAGGGCGAACUCGUCGCUGCUGUUGAUGAGUGGCUUGCCAUGCAACAGGGUCAGGCCCAGGUACAACCACAAGAGCGUGAGCGUGAGCGCGAGCGUGAACCCUCCGUUUCCUCCGCUGGACACUAUGAAGAAGAAUAUUACUAUCAGUCUACCGGUGAACCGGUUGAAUCUUUCAACCGUAGUAUCGGCCGCUCAGGUUCGGCGUCUAGUGGUAUUCGUCCUCCCCCUGCCACGAACGAGAAACGUAUUCCUCGGUUCGGCGCUGCUCCUGGUGGUCAUUCGCGGGGUAAUAGUGGUGGGAAAUCGGGUAUUGCUGUGUUUACGCCUGGUCGCGGAGGUAUUAUGAGCUCGAUAGAGCGGAUGGGUCGUGGUGGUGUUUGA